CAACGGGCACCUGUUACAUUUGCCGGCUGUCAACCAUCCAACUCUUCAGUCAACUAUUAGCCGGCUUAAACAAAGCAUCACCAAACCAUACGCUCCAAUUAUAUUUUUGUAUAAUUAAUACAACAAGAAGAAACUUGUUUUUUUAUUAAAAAAAAGUAGUGAUUUUGUUAAAACUUAAUUAAAUUAAAAAAAAAAAAAUGUCGACCGAAAGUGCUGAAACAGUACCAACAGUUGUUGAAGAAAAAGCAACUCCAGAAAAAGUUGAAAAUGGACCAGAAAAUGCUACAACCACACCAGAAGCGACGGCACCAGCUGAAGAACCACCAAAAGAAAUGCGUGCUGUUGUUCUUACCGGUUUUGGUGGCUUAAAAUCUGUUAAGAUUUUAAAAAAACCAGAACCAACGCUCAAUGAAGGCGAAGUAUUAAUUCGCGUUAAAGCUUGUGGUUUAAAUUUCCAAGAUUUAAUGGUACGUCAAGGUGCUAUCGAUUCUCCACCAAAAACACCAUUCAUCUUAGGCUUUGAAUGUGCUGGUGAAAUUGAACAAGUUGGAGAAGGUGUUGAAAACUUUAAGGUCGGUGACCGUGUUGUCGCUUUACCAGAGUAUAGAGCAUGGGCUGAAUUAGUAGCUGUCCCUGCCAAGUACGUGUUUGCCAUCCCAGAGGAUUUAAGUGCUUUAGAUGCGGCUGCUGUGACAAUGAACUACAUUGUUGCAUAUAUAUUAUUAUUCGAGUUGGGAAAUUUAAGCUCUGGCAAGAGUGUUUUAUUACAUUCAGCUGGCGGUGGUGUGGGCUUAGCUGUUGCACAAUUAUGCCGUACAGUACCAGAUGUUACGGUAUUUGGUGUUUGCUCCGAGGGAAAACAUGAAGCAUUGAAAGCUGCAGACAGUCCAAUUGAUCAUUUGUUGAAACGUGGAAGUGAUUAUACAGCUGAAGUUCGAGCUGUAAGUCCAAGUGGUGUAGACAUUGUCCUAGAUUGCCUUUGCGGUGAAGAAUGCAACAGGGGCUAUACUUUACUAAAACCAAUGGGUAAAUAUAUUUUAUAUGGAUCGUCCAAUGUAGUUACAGGUGAAACUAAGAGCUUCUUUAGCGCUGCUCGUGCGUGGUGGCAAGUAGAUAAAGUAUCCCCAAUUAAACUUUUCGAUGAAAAUAAAUCAUUAGCUGGAUUCAAUUUACGCCAUCUUUUAUAUCAACAAGGUGGUACUGAAUACGUUCACAAAGCUAUGGAGGAAGUUUUAAAAUUAUAUUCAGCUGGUAAAAUUAAACCUGUUGUUGAUUCAACAUGGGCUUUAGAAGAUGUUGCUGAAGGUAUGCAAAAAAUGCACGAUCGUAAAAAUAUUGGUAAAAUUAUUUUGGACCCAAGCUUAGAACCAAAACCAAAACCAGCAACACCAGCUAAAGGUAAAGCCAAGGAGGAUAAGAAAAAACAAAAUUCUGAAGAAAAGAAAGAAGAUGAGAAAAAAGAAGACGGUGCUAAGAAAGAAGGUGGAGAUGACAAAAAAGAGGAAACAAAUGGUUCUACCGAGACUGGUGGUGACUCUGAUUCAAAGGAGAAAGAAUCAAGUUGAAUUAAUUAAAUUUCAAAAACCCUCCGAUUAUCUGUUUUUCUCUACACAGAUACAAAAAAAAAAAAACCCAACCUCUCUAUACAUUUAAAAUUAAACCAUUAUUAAAAAUAACGCCGGUUCAAAUAAAAAAUAUCGGCCAUUAUUAUUUAAAAAAAACAACAAAAUAAUCGAUAAUAAUCAAAUCACAAAACUCAAGGUGAUUCAUUUUUAUCAUCACUAAAAUGACUCAUCUUGUAC